AUGACUUCAAUAAUGCACUUAGUUGUAGAAAAUUAUAGCGAAUUCGCAGAAUCUAGAGAUCCCACGGUGGAUUCGUGGAUGUUCAUGAAAUCCCCGGUACCCGUCGUUGCGAUACUCCUCACCUACCUCAUCUUCGUGCUGAAAAUAGGGCCAAAUAUCAUGAAGCACAGGAAACCGCUAGACCUCAAAUUAGUCAUGAUAGUUUACAAUGCUUACCAAGUAUUAUUCAGCCUGUGGCUGUGCUCGCAGGCGCUGUACGUACAAAAGCCGCUGCAGCUGCUCUCCCGCAGCUGCAACAACCCUUCCAACAACACGGAACUUCAGGAUAUAGUGUAUAGUUCCGCUUGGUGGUACUUUUUCUCGAAAAUCGUCGAGCUCCUGGACACCGUAUUCUUCGUGCUCAGGAAGAAACAGUCGCAGGUGACGUUCCUGCACGUCUAUCACCACGCCAUCACCAUGUUCUUCUCGUGGGGAUACUUGAAGUUUUUGCCAGGUGAACAAGGCCUCGUAAUCGGAUUUUUAAAUUCGCUAGUCCACGUUGUGAUGUAUUUUUACUAUUUCCUCUCAGCGCUAGGACCAAAAUACCAAAAAUACCUCUGGUGGAAGAAAUACAUGACCUGGAUUCAACUGACCCAAUUCUGCAUAAUGUUGGCCUAUCUAGUCUUCAUUAUCGCCAUAGACUGCAAGCUACCCAAGGCACUGACCUUCUUCUUCGUCGGCAACGUGGUCAUCUUCCUCUAUCUCUUCAGCGAUUUCUACAGGAAAGCCUACAAAGCUAAACCGAUCGAAACAGGAGUAGCGACGACGAACGGUCACGCAAUCGAGAAAGUGAAAGCUCAAUAGUUUUUUUUUUAGCAAAACCAUAUUCUAUUUAUUCUUUGUUUUGUUAUGUAUUAAUAGGUAAGAAUCGUACCUACUAGACGGUGUUCUUUUACCGGAAACGUCCGGUGAACGAGGACCGUCCUGUAAAUUCGACAUAUUUGUACAGGGUGAGCCUAGGAAGCUAGCAAAUAUUUAUUGUUCGAAUUUAGAGAGUUUGUAUUUUAAUUUUUAAUUAAGUCGUAAGUGAUUCAAAGUUUGUGAUUCAAAAUUGUCGUCGCUGCGCUGGCGAAAAUGAAGAGCGAUAAAAUUUGGCAAAACAAUACUAAGCAAUUUCGUUUAUCCGGUGAUCCAUUUUGUUUUGGUGAUUUUUAUUGUUUUUUAUUUUAUUUAUUGUAAACAAUCGGUCCCAGCAAUUGGAAUUUCUUGUAAUUUGUUUAAUUGUAAUUAUAUUAGUGACAAUUCAUGUAGUUGUUAUUUUUAAUUUUUU